AUGAGUCAAAGUGACAUCGAUAAUGUUAGGAGGCAAAUGAAGAUCAAGACGGGAUCUGUUAAACGGUUGUGGAAAGAACACAACAUGUACCGUCAAGAGGCUCUGCAGCUCAAAAGCAAGUUGGACAAAUUAGUUGCUGAAGGGGCUGAUGAAUACGAUAUCAAGAAUGCCGUACGUCUCUCUCUCUCUCUCUCUCUCUCUCAAAAAGAUAUUGAGGAGGGAGAAAAGAUGAUUCCCGACUCGGAGAAUCGAUUGGCUAAAGCGAUUAUUGAGUUGCGCGAGCUUGUGGUCUACGCACGAACAGUUCCGGCAUUCGAGAAUGAUCAAGACUUCUUAGCCGCCGAAACUCAGUUGGAAGAGGCUAAUGUAUAG